AAGACCCGAGAACACAUGAAGGCCACUCAGUCAGCGUUUUGCAAGAUCAUCGCCUGAAUAACCGCUGAUAGAGAGACCAAGGGCAUGGGACGAGAAUCUGGGACUAUAGUGGGUUAGCAAUUUCGUAAACCGCUGAAGAGCCUCACAGCAGCACCAGAUCGUGGGAUUACCAACACACAGCUUUUCAACAACUCGGAGAUUACGAUGGCGUUAAUUUUGUUUUCGAGAUCUCGGACUACGUUGAUGAAAUCAUCCAGAUCGUUAAAGAACGAGUUCAGGAAAGGAAAGCUGAAAGAAAUAGCCUGCUUCAGUUGUACUGCACUCCGCUUGUCUGGAAACAGUCCUGAGAUUUUCCGAGGCAGUUUGGCAGCUCAGACGUUCUCUCGUGUGUUGUAUCCUGACCGUUCUUAUGUGCGUCAGAGCUCAUUGACCGGUUCAUCUCGUCUUUGCUGUGCCGUCCUGAUCCCCAAGCCCACUGUGCUAUGCCACACCCACGCUGUCUCUGAUUGGACAGUUGCGCAGUGGACCACUCCAGUACGGUGGGUUCACACUUCAAGCUGUCUUCAUGACGAGUCCAAAGUGGAACGCUCUCUGCGUUCGUUAAAAGACCGAAAUAAAAAGCUUGAGGAGGGAGGACCCAUUUACAGUCCUGCUGUAGACGCGGAGCCAGUGCGGCGAACACUAGGGCAACGUGUGAUCGAUGAGGUGAAGCACUAUUACCACGGGUUCCGGCUUCUGUGGAUGGACACGGCCAUUACCGGACGCAUGCUGUGGAGAGUGCUGAACGGACACAUCCUGUCACGAAGAGAGAGAAGACAGUUCCUAAGGACAUGUGCAGACCUAUUCCGGCUCCUGCCUUUUCUGGUUUUUAUCAUCGUACCAUUUAUGGAGUUCCUGCUUCCUGUUGCUCUGAAGCUUUUCCCCAACAUGCUGCCGUCGACUUUUGAGACAAAGUCCAAGAAGGAAGAGAGACUGAAGACGGAGCUGAGAGUGAAGCUGGAGAUGGCAAAGUUUUUACAGGACACAGUGGAGGAGAUUGCACUGAGAAACAAAGCAGACAAAGGCAACGUGACCGAGGAGUUUUCUACCUUUUUCCAGAAGAUCCGUGAUUCAGGUGAGAGGCCUAGCAAUGAGCAAAUCAUCCGAUUCUCCAAACUCUUUGAGGAUGAGUUGACCCUAGACAACCUGACACGGCCUCAGCUGGUAGCUCUAUGCAAGCUCCUGGAGCUGCAGCCCAUUGGCACCAACAACUUCCUCCGCUUCCAGCUCAUCAUGAAGCUCCGCGCCAUCCGCGCUGAUGACAAGCUGAUAGCAGAGGAAGGAGUAGAGAGCCUUAAUGCAAAUGAGCUGCAAGCAGCAUGCAGGGUUCGUGGCAUGAGAGCUCUGGGGGUGACGGAGGACAGGCUUAGAGCGCAACUUAAACAGUGGCUGGAGCUUCAUUUGAACCAGCACAUCCCGACAUCUCUGCUGCUGCUUUCAAGGGCUAUGUUCCUUCCUGACACUUUGUCCCCAGAGGACCAGCUUAAAACCACACUGCAGACGUUGCCUGAGAUAGUGGCUAAAGAGGCACAGGUGAAAGUGGCCGAGCUUGACUUUUCUAAGGUGGAUAACAAGACUAAACUGGAGACCAUGCUGCAGGAAGAGGCUGCUAUUCGUCAGGAGAACAGAGAGAGGGAGCUGGAGAGGCUAGCGGAAACCGCAGAGAAAGCAAAAGAACAGAAGGAGGAUGUGGGGGUAGACCUGCGGGCAGACGCCGAGCUUGCUAUGCCUAAUGUAGAUGUGGCUAUUCACGCUGAAUUAUUACGAGACACAGCACCAGUGCUGGAUGGCAUUAAGGGAGAGGAGAUCACUAAGGAGGAGAUUGACAUGUUGAGUGAUGCCUGCACCAAGCUCAAGGAGCAGAAAAAACUCCUGACGAAAGAGAAGGAGGAGCUGGAGGAGCUGAAAGACGAUGUGCAAGAAUACAGUGAGGAUCUGGAGGAGAUAAAGAAAGAGCUUUCGAAAACUGGCCUGGAGAAAGAGGUGGAAGAGUCUAAAGCCAGUAAACAUCUGUCACGCCGAGUGAACCGUAUGAUCGGGCGCAUGGAUAAGAUCAUAAACGAGUUAGAGAAAGACAAGCUGGUGCUCGAUGGACAGAUGGAUGGUAAAACCACACCACCAGUUGGAUUUUUCUUUGAGAAAUGUAAUGACUUACAAAGGGAGAAUCUGAUUAGCAUCAAUGAGCUCAUUGCUGUUAUGAGGCAGAUCCAGAGCAUUCCAGAGCAUAAGCUGCUCAGCAUCGCCGACGCACUGGAUGAAAACAAGGAUGGCAAGAUAGACAUCGAUGACGUUAUAAAGGUGGUGGAGCUGAUCGAUAAGGAGGAUGUAGACAUCUCCACGGCGCAUGUGGCGGAGAUCAUGUUGAUGCUGCAGAAAGAGGAGAAGCUGGUGGAAAAGGAAAAAGCGAAGGAGAAGGCUGAAAAGGAGCAGGCAGUUAAAGUUCAGCAAAACUAAACUAAUUUGGUCAUGGCAAGCUACCCUGAAGCAGGAAAGCACAGAGGAGCCACUGGUGCUGUAGCCACUGGUUUCAUACUUGAAAAAAAAGUAAUUUAAUAAAAAACCUAACAUUUAUUUCACCAUCUAACCAUCAAUCGGCAGUGAUGUCACUUCAUGUGAGCUGAAUCGCUAUUUUUAAUUUGCACAAUUGCACCAUCAUCAUUCCACUGCCACUGUUGUCAUUUGGAUCUAUUCUUUUUGUGUUGUUUUAUUUAAACCAGGCUCUUUUGCGUUGAAUUAAUUAGCAGAUGCUAAUGAGUGUUGCUCAGUGUGCGCUAUUGUAUUCGUCUGGAAACCAAAGUAUAUUUGCAAAGGUUCUACCAAACUCAAGGUCAAUAUGCAACUGCUACAGACUGAUUAGGAGGUCAGCGGUUAGAGUGAGAAUAGUCUUAGCGAUGUAAUUAUUUUAUGUUCGCUACACUGUCAUGGCCUUGAGUGAACAAACAUAACCUUUCCUGGUAAUGUCAGUGAUUUACAAAAUUGUGCAGCUGAAAGUCUUCUCUUUAAUCAGCAUUUUAAUAGUGUUCCCUUUCAGCCUCUGAUGAAACCCGGAGUUUUGUGGAUGCGUUUAUUAGGGGUCUAGUUAACCUUGGAACAAAUGCAAGCUGUAGACUCGUUAUUCAAUAGACUGGAGUUCUUUAAGGAUCUGUAGAGGACAGAUGGUGAAAGAAUUUUUUUGGGUGCUUAAUGUGUGUAGUUGUGAGCAGAGAAGAUGAAGUGACCUCUUUGCACCGCAGACAAGUUUAAGGUAUCUAGGCCUCGGCUCAGACCCAGUAUGGUGAGGCCAGUCUGGGUACAGUCACUUCAAGGUCUGGGUAAACACUCGCACCAUACAUGGAGAGGGUAGCUAGCAGAUACAGGGACACACAUUUUAUUAUGUCAGCAUAACAUAGUUGCACAGGGCACAGCAGACAGUGAAUACAUCACUCCCACUCCUAAACAUGUCACCGAGAGAGAACAGAGUGUCUGACCUGAAAGCACCGACUCUGUGUUGCAUCAGCGAGACAGACGGAGCUCUGUUUUGGAGUCAGGGUGGCGUUCUCUAACUUUAGUCUUUAAGCUUAAUCCAGGCUGCAAACACGGGUCAGAGGUCAACCUUUACCAUAGUAAGAAUUAGUAUUUAUGCAGCUAUGUAUGGCGUUUGGGCCUUAAACCACAUGAAUUGAUUGCACAUUAAAAUCUCAUCUGUUGUUUAAAGGGAGCAAAAAGUACUGAUUUACAGUUGCACUAUGAUUAUUUUAAUCUUUUUCUUUUUAAUUGUUAUUUUUAUUUUAAGGUUAUGAUUUAGACUCAGGAAUGUUUAUGUAAAGGGCUGCAGUUGCAGGUUAGAAGGGGAAGUGAGCUUGUAAGUUUUGAACUGGAAGAGAGCGACCGUCCUUUAUCAAGUGGCAGGAGAUUAUAUUUGGGUGAGUUUUUGAGGGGAUUUUGAGGGGAGAGUUAUUAUGGAAUUUCUCUACCCUGAAAGUGCACUACUGUCCUCCAGCGUUAAUGUGCAGUCAUAAGGUCUGACGAGGAGUUUUUACAAAACUCAGUCAUGUUGUUGUUGAACUUUAAAAUUUUAAAGAUUAAAGAAUUUUAAUCAGAAUUUUUAAUCAGAAGAAAAACAGACGACUGGAAAAACAGGGUAAAACUGUCCAGGAUGUAACCACUGUUUACUUCAUCCAAAGUUUUUACUUAAUUUAAAAUGGCAUUUAUUUAAUAGAAGAAUCCAGAGAAAUAGUUAUAUUAUUGUUGUUCAAAGUCCAGUUUUUUGUUCUG